GGACCACAGAGGUGCUGCUGCCGCUGCUGCUGCUGCUGCUGUGGGUCGCUGCUCUCCGUCAGCCUGCAGCCUUAUGACGGAGCUGCUGUGUGAACAUCCAAGAAAAUAACAACAACAACAUCAACAAACCAUCUGAAGGUGUUCUGCACACGAUGGCUCUCUCCUGGAUUCUGCUCGUGGCGUUCCUGUUCUCCAGCCCGGCGCCGUCGCACAGCGCCGAGCCCGGAGCGCCUCACGGCAAGAGGAGGCAGAGCUCGGCAGGGGGCGGCAACGUCCUGCAGCACCCUCUGCAAGGUCUGCAGGGCCGCGGGUACGGCAGGGACCACGCUGGGCACCAGGGGGCCCGUAAUGGCAAAGGUGGGGCCCGGCUGCUGUCCCACAGGCCUCUGCACCCGCUGGCCAGGCCAGAGGACGACGGGACGGGCCUGGAGGGGCUGAGCCCGGUGAGACUGGAGAUGGGUCCGGGGAGGGACAGGGACAGGGACAGGGGUCGCAUGAAUAUGAGGAGUCAAACCCAGACGGGGGAAAACAACCUUCUGGGGACACGCAAAGGGAGAGGGCACAGGCACGGGCACCAGUUUGAGCCCAGGAGGCAAGGGAGCCGGCGAGACAAGGGCCGACACGGUAAAGGUUUCCCCGUGGAGCCCGAGCUCAGGUCCACGCCGAGGGACAGAGAUCUGUUCGAGGAGCCGCCCUUCUCCUCAUCCUCCCCCUUCUCCUCCCCCGCGGCCUCCCCCCCGCUCGGUGCAGCCCCGCCCAGCGAGCCCCCCUCCCCCCUCGGCGCCGCCUUUGGCUCCGGCUCCUCCAUGGUUACCACGGUGAUGAACGAGCAUCCCCCCACGCUGCCCCCGGCCUCCACCAAACCCCAGAGGGCUGGACGGGGAAAAGGACAAGGCGAGGUGAUGCCCACGUUGGACAUGGCGCUCUUCGACUGGACGGACUACGAGGACAUGAAACCUGUGGACGCUUGGCCGGCCUCCAGGAAGAAAGACAAGAGGCGGAGUAAGAACCUGAGCAGCGGGAACGUGACCGAGGACGCUGACGCCACCGAGCCGUGCGACCACCACCUGGACUGUCUCCCCGGUUCCUGUUGUGACCUGAGACAACACGAGUGUCAAGCUCACAACCGGGGACUCAACAACAAGUGCUACGACGACUGCAUGUGUGAGGACGGGUUUCGUUGCUACGCCAAGUUCCACCGGAAGAGGCGUGUCACCAGGAGGCGGGGCCGCUGCGUGGUGCCGGAGUCGGUCAGCAGCGACCAGGGAGGCUUCAUCACCAUCUGAUGAAGAGGAAGGACGACGACCCCGUGACCCCCGAGACAUCACAUGACUCUGACGCUGACAUGUACUUCAGGCUGAUGCUUCUUUUCUUUUUAUUUCUUACAGUAACGAAUCUGAAUACCAAAACCAGCAGUUAAAUCUUAGGUAGACGUAGUUCAACUGGGAAAUCCUGCGUUAUGAGUGUUGCAUUGUGGGAGAAUCCUCACCCAGCAAAUCGCCAUCAUCAAGCCAU